AUGUACUUCCGAGACGCUGCGCCCCCGGCGCUCCUCGCGGCGCUCCUCGCCGCGCCGCAGCUCGCCUCCGCCUUCUACCUGCCAGGUGUCGCACCGACCUCAUACAAGCCUGGCGACCGCGUUCCGCUCAACGUCAACAGCAUCAAGCCCGUCGCCGCGCUGCAAGAUUACCGCUUGCAUUCGGUCAUCUCCUAUGACUACUACCACCCGGCGUUUCAGUUCUGCCAACCCAAGGAUGGCCCGGAAUAUGUCUCGGAGAGCCUGGGCAGCAUCCUGUUCGGCGAUAGGAUCAUGACCUCUCCCUUCGAGCUCUACAUGGGCAAGAACGAGACUUGCAAGCCCCUGUGCAAGUCGGCGUACCCGGAGAAGAUGAGGGAAUUUGUUAUUGAGAGGAUCGAGCAAGGCUACAGCCUCAACUGGCUCGUCGACGGCUUGCCCGCCGGGCAGAAGAUCCAGGAUGAUCUGACCGGCACCACCUUCUACAGCCCCGGAUUCAUGCUUGGUGGCUUCCUUGGCGAGGAUAUCGAGGAUGAGGAGAUCUUCUUCAACAACCACUACGAGAUCUGGAUCGAAUAUCACGAGGUCAGCGGCGACCCCAACCAGCUCCGCGUCGUCGGCGUCGUGGUCCAACCCGGAUCCAAAGACUACCCCGGCGAAGCUGACUGCAGCGACAACCACAGCCCCGUCAUCUUCAAACCGGGCGCAAAGGACCAGGAGGUGCAGUUCAGCUACAGCGUAUACUGGAAACAGUCGGAGACGGCCUGGGCCACCCGUUGGGACAAAUACUUGCACGUCUUUGACCCCAAGAUCCACUGGUUCUGGCUGAUAGACACGGCCAUUAUCGUCGUCAUCCUAGUCCUGACCGUCAUGUCGAUCCUGGUGAGGACGCUCAAGAAGGACAUCACCCGCUACAACCGCCUGGACUCGAUCAAUCUCGAGGACCUCGGUGGCACCUCGGCACUCGAAGACGGGGUGCAGGAAGACUCGGGCUGGAAGCUGGUCCACGGCGACGUCUUCCGCACGCCAUCGCGCCCCCUUCUCCUCUCCGUGCUUCUGGGUAACGGCGCGCAGCUGUUCGUUAUGACCGGCACCACCAUCGUCUUUGCCCUGCUCGGCUUCCUCUCGCCGUCAAACCGCGGCUCCUUGGGCACCAUUAUGAUCCUGCUGUACACGCUCCUCGGCUUCGUCGGCGGCUACGCCUCUGCCCGAGUGUACAAGGCAUUGCAGGGCGAGCAAUGGAAACUCAACAUUGCGCUGACUCCUUUGCUGGUGCCUGGCAUCGUCUUUUCCGCCUUCUUCCUGUUGGACAUUUUCCUGUGGGCCAAGGGGUCGUCAGGUGCUGUUCCCUUUACCACGAUGCUCGUCAUCAUUGGCAUCUGGUUCGUCAUCUCGAUCCCUCUCUCCGUGGCCGGCUCGUGGCUCGGAUUCCGCAGCCGACAGAUUGAGGCGCCCGUCCGCACCAACCAGAUUCCUCGACAGAUUCCCCCGUGCACGACGUACCUGAAGCCCAUUCCCAGCAUGCUCAUCGUCGGCCUCUUGCCUUUUGGCGCCAUCUUCGUGGAGCUCUACUUCAUCAUGAGCUCCAUCUGGUUCAGCCGCAUCUACUACAUGUUUGGUUUCCUCUUCCUCUGCUACGGCCUCAUGAUUGUCGUCUGCGCCGCUGUCACCGUCCUCAUGACAUACUUCCUGCUCUGCUCCGAAAACUACAACUGGCAGUGGCGCUCGUUCCUCGCAGCUGGCACCAGUGGCGUCUACAUCUUCCUCAACUGCCUGCUUUACCUGGUGACCAAGGUUAAGCUCGCCACCAUGGCCGGCACCGUGCUGUACAUUGGCUACAGCGCGCUCAUCUCCUUUUUGUUCUUUAUUCUUGCUGGCUCCAUUGGCUACUUCGCCAGCUGGUGGUUCGUGCGCAAGAUCUACUCUUCCAUCAAGAUCGACUAA